UGUUCCAGCGGCACGUCGAUCGUUCAGGAUGGACGUCAGAUUCCCGUGACAGCCGCGACCGACAGUGUCCGUUCCGCGCACCCGCUUCACCCGAAUCAUGCCCGAGAUGGAAAAGGGGCGACCGCCGGACAACAAGCGCAGCAGGAAACCUGCUCACCCGGUCAAGAGAGACGUGAAUGAGGACAUGAAGAACUUUGCUGAAAACACAAUGAACGAGCUGUUGGGCUGGUACGGGUACGACAAAGUGGACCUGCAGGAAUCUGAUGCCUCUGAUAUACGGAACCGUCCCAAACGCAAUCAUAUAUCUGUACUUAAAGAAAAUUCAGUGCCAAAGCCGCUUGCAGUUGAGAGAAAGGUGGCAUCAUCCUCCUCAGAGCCUGUCAGAAAUGGCGAGAGAGAGUCAGUGGUCAUCCCGCUCUCACCUUCAUCAUCAACAUACUCUUCUUCAGCAUCACCACGGGUGAAGGAGCAACACAACAUGAACGUCAUCGUACCACUCAUCAAACCUUCUGCUGUGGAGGACGUUCAGAACGUUGAGAUCGUGUGUGUUUGGUGUCAGAAGGAGGGAAUGAAGCGUUAUUCUCUGCUCAUGGGUUCAGAGCUCAAGAGCUUCUGCAGUGAAAAGUGUUUUGCUGCAUGUCGGCGUGCAUACUUCAAACGAAAUAAGGCUCGAGAUGAAGAUCGCCAUGGCAACCAGUCUCCACCCCCUGGCCAAACCCUGGAUACGACCUCAAGACUUUUGCUGAAGAUGAACAACAACACACGUGUGUGUGACUGGUGUAAACAUGUUCGCCACACUAAAGAGUAUCUGGACUUCGGUUCGGGUGAGGAGAGGCUCCAGUUCUGUAGCACCAAGUGUCUAAACCAGUACAAGAUGGACGUGUUCUACCGGGAAGCUCGUGCGACCCUCACCGGCUCCAGUUCCGGUUCCAGCACUGCCCAUAAAGACGAGGAGAACCAUCUGAAAGUGGCUGUGGAAGAGAACCAGAAACUUCUCACUCCAGAGUCCUGGGACAGCUCGCCAGCCAAAACCCUCUCGCCCAAAACCACAACACCCGCUUCUACAUCCGUGUCGGUGCUCCAGACAGUGUCAUCUUCAUCGUCAUCAUCUUCCUCGCUGAAAACACCCAUCACAGUGCCCCAAUCGAGGGAUCGAUCAUGUCCAGCGCAAAUUCAGAUGGGUGGCCCAUCUCAUGUGACUUUGGAUCAGCCGCGGCCACCUCAGAUCGCCCUCCCGUUCGUCCGUCCGCCCCUCCACGCCCCGGGUCUUCGCAGCCCGCUUUCUUAUCCUCCCCGUAACCCUCUGCGCCCUGCCAGCCCCAUCCAGCGACCUCCACACCCACCUUCAUUUGCCCCCCUACACCCGCACCCUCUGCUUCAGCCCUUCCCUGCCCCAUACAUGCCCUUUCACCCUGCGUACCCUCCCCAAUUACCCCCACCAUGGCCGCAGCCCAUGUUGUUAUUGCCCUACCCAGUUAUCAUACCCUUCCCAGUUCCAAUUCCCAUUCCCAUCCCUGUAUCUUCACUUUCGGGUCACAAAGGGGUGAUCCGAAACCUUCAGAAGCAAGAUGAGAACGACCUGGGCAACCACACACCCGAUCCGGGCCAUUCCAGCUGCAACGAGACCAACGGAGAGUGUUUAUACAGAGUUAAAACAGAACGGACGCCCUCUCCUCACACACCCGCUUUUCCGUCCACAUCUGUUGGGUCAUCGGAGAGGCAAGUGAUUCAAUGUCUCCAUAAACACCCCGUUAAAGAGGAAAGCCACAACAUGCACACGCCCGAAUUGCCGAUUCAAAGGCAUACCACCCACAUCUCACACGUUUUACGCAAAGCACUUAAGCACUACGGCAACACGACGUCUGUUGUGAUGCCUACACCCACAUUGGACAAUAAAACCGUCACUCCAGCGUCUCUUUAUUCACUGGCCCGUUCGACCGCCAUGCAAGUCGCCUCCGUAUCAUUGGACAGUCCGCACCCGACAACAGACUCCGCCCAUAUUCCAUCUCCUCUGUCUGAUUGCGAGGAUGUGAAAGAAAACAGCUAUAUGGGUGGGCGGGAAAAUGGCUCGACCAAUCCCUGGUCAGCAGAGCAAACAGACUGCCAAAGCGAUCAAUCAAAAGAGAGCAGUUUGGCUGAGGAGGCCCCUCAGGAUGAAGAGCACACAUAUGCACGAUCUGUGCCGCCAAAACUGCGCGAGAAAAGCUUGCAUACGAAUGUGCAGACGGCCACACAAACGCACACAUGGGAGAAAAACUCAAGCACAGUUCCGCAGGACACGGAGCUGAGUGACAAAGACGAUCCGGAACCUCUCGUCAAGAGACGAUGCUUGCGAAUCAGAGACCAGAACAAGUGAGAGCGGUGUGUGUUCAGUAGUGGCAUAACAGAGCACAUGUUUUGGGAAGUUUGAUGUGGUGUAUGGACAUACAGGGGGCACAUUCAUCCCCAAAAACGCCCUCUGGUGACCCUCAGUGCCAACAACCCCACAUCCAGAUGCCCUUGUCCAGGCUCUAUGGUAACAGCAGGGGGCAGCAGGACUCGAUCCCCAGAGGAUCAUGAGACGUCAGACAGAGAUCAGUGAUCCAGUUACACUUUAACAGUGUGUGUGCUUCUGCUGAGCUCCUACAAAGACAGUCAUUGUUCCCCACAGCCAACCCAUCCUCACCGCCUGUGUGUGUGUGUGUGUGUGUGUGUGUUCAGCUGUGGUGUAGGGUUACCUGACACACUGGCGCUUUGGCUACAGAGCAUUUUUGGACAUGAUCUAAAGAGUGCCAAGAGUACACACACACAAAUGUUAUUCGGCUCUAUCAGCUCCUCCGAGAACAUUUAGUAAAAGUGUUUUAUGACUGUACAUGUAGGAUUCUUUUAGGAACUUUUUUUAACCCCUGGUGAAUAAUUUGGCGCCUGUUAUGAGACAGACUCUUCAAACAUCUGCCAAAGUGAUGAAUAUACUGACUGUUUUAACACAUUGCCAACAGACAGAUACUGGGGGAUUCUACUAAAGUGAACCAAGAAAAAAAAGAGUAAUAUGUCAUCUUUUUUAUAUACUGUCUCGUGAUCUAUUAAUAAACAUUGGAUUGCAUUAAUUAAAUUAAAUAAUUUAUGAAUAAUGUUCUACGGAUGCACCAUGGUGAUGGAGUAAGAUGGUAAUACAAGGGUACUUGGAUUUGUACCACAGUACUGUAUAAUUACCAUAUUCAUGUAUAAUGGUACUUACAUGUUACUUCAAAGUAUGCCAUGGUAUUGCCAUAGUAGAUGUUAAAAAACAACAACAACAUGUAAGUGCCAUCAGCACUCGCUGUCCGCUGAGUUUUAUGUGUUUGUUGUCACAUCAUUGUUUAAGUUUGGAUUAAACCUCUGCCAGUUCCGUUCUAAAAACAACUGAAACAUGUUUUAGAGUUAUAUCAAAGUGUUUCUAGCAAGUCAGUCCACUGUCGGAACAUUCUCGGUACGCCAUUUCCAGUCAUGACAUUGCAGCUCCUAUCUACUUGAAUGGGGAAAGACCGAAAUCACAAUAACCGUUGGUCAAGAUUACGACCAAAGAUCAUAUUUAAAAUCAGCAGUAAAAUCGGACAACACUGGAAUCAUAAACUGUGUUUCUUUAUCUCAUAUCACGCUAAAAAAACUCAAUUUUCCCAGCUUGUACAGCUAAUGCGCAUGCGCUUUGUCGAGUUGAUUGACAGGCGAUGUCUGUAUCUAAAAGAUGAUUGGCUCUUUUACCAGGAAGGCAGGACUUUCUUUCUGCAUCCGUUGACCAUUGUGCGUUCCAAUUUCUGCCAUUCAUUUUUAUAGAAGUGGCCCGUCUCUGCUAAAUAAUCUCUGGUUAUAUUCAGAUGUGUAAAUUUAAGUGAUUCUGUGAAAAUAUUUUUGACGUUCAGAAAUCACCUCACUUGAUGCAAAAUAGAGAUUUAACUCAAUUAAUGAAGUAUCCGUGUCUCCUGUUGCCAUAAACAACAACAUAACUGAAUAGUUGAAACAUGACACUCGUGUGUGUUUUCAGUGGACACUUUCAUUACUGUCCAACAGUAUGACAACAUGAUUUACUGUUGAUAUGAAUGUUCAAUAUUUAUUCAUAUGAUUAACCAAAUCCUUUCAUUAUAACUCAGUAUUGUUGCCAAUUGAUACAUCUUGCAAUGCAUUUUGCAGAAUGCCAAACAAAUGACAAUAUUGGGGAAGCAUUAUUGUAAUAAUCUUCAUACUGUACGUUUCUGUCCGAAGAUGUUUGGAGCUAAUUUCAUUGUAAUAUACUGGAUAUUAUUCUCAAUGCCCAUCAGAUAUUUCAGCUCUUGGUUCUUUAGCUGUACAUUAAUUUAAAUGUGAUUGCUUUAGCAUCAACAUGUGGUACAACCACUGAAAAUGACCUGUCACAGAGUUCACGAGAUUAGUGACUGCUUAUGUGAAUUAUUAUUUUUUUUUUUUUUUUUACAAAGAAUUAUGCCAAUAACUAUUUGUUGAU